GUAAAUGACAUGCGCCAAAUUUGUCACGUGACGCAACGUAAUCCUACGUCAUGUGACAUGGACAACAAGGUUCAAUUGAAUGUGUCAAGUUUAGACGUUUCUCUUCUCUGACAGGUUUGCUCCUAGAGCAGUGACAACAGACCCAGAGGCAAUGGAUGGAUUUUCUGUGACGAUUACAGAGGCAGUGUGUCUUGGGGCCAGUCUUGCCUUCUCAGGCAUCUGCUAUUAUCUCUACAGGAAGAGCCGGACCACAGCAGAUAAACUUGAUGAUGCUCCACACUUCACCAUAGAUGGGAAACUCAAAGAUAUUUUGAAAGCAACUCCAGGAGCGUGUCUACAGUAUGCUGUCAUUGAAGGUGCUGUGCAACCAGUAGGCGAGCCUCUGAGGAGUCACUUCCAAAAAGAAAUUGUCGGAGUGUUGCAGAAAUUCAUGUUGAGAGAACACAGGCUUGUGUGGAACAGCCUUUCAGGCAGUUGGAUAGACAGGGAGCAAGUCAUGCACCAAAGCGUGAAUUCAGUGCCCUUUGUGUUAGUGGGAUCAGAUGAGACCGCAGUCAGAGUCCUGUGCCCUUUGCAGGCCUCCGGAGUGCACAUGGAGAUUACCCAUGAGAAGUUUCACCAGGUCAAUUACAGCUUGGGUGACAUCGUAGGACAAUACUUCAGUGGGGAGAAGCUUAAAGGGCAACUGGAGACUGAGGAAAUGCUCAAAGUGGGUGCAACUCUCACAGGUGUAGGUGAGUUGAUACUGGAUACAGAUGACACCCUGAAUCUUCGACCCCCUUCUAACAGUGCACAGUACUUCUUGAGCAUCACGGACUCUGAUGCCCUGCGACAUGAUCUAGAGGACAUGGCUGUUUGGUGGAAGGCGCUGACCGUUGCCUCUGCUUUGGCCGGUGCAGCGGUCCUCCUCUGGGUCGGUCGACGCUACUACAACCACUUAAAAGUUCAACGGGAGUGGGAGCAGUUAAGGAGGGAACAUGAGAGGCGUCGGGCUGAAGCCCGCAGGGAGCCUGCUGCUGCAGCGGACUCCGAGGCCCUUCAAGAUGUGGGCGAGAAUCACAUAGAGAAUGCCUGUGUGAUUUGCCUCUGUCAGCCACGGGACUGUAUUCUGCUGGACUGUGGGCACGUGUGCUGCUGCCACAGCUGCUACCAGGCCCUUCCACGGCGCCUAUGCCCCAUUUGUAGACAGAAUAUCAGCAGAGUGGUGCCACUCUUUCAUGUCUGAGGCACCUAUGAGACCAUUUGACCUCAGUGGAACUUAACCACCAUACAAACUGUACCAGCUUUACACCUCAAAGGUCUAAACUGCUGCACUCACACCUAAAAAAAAGGGCAAAAUUAACUCUUUGAAUCUCAUUACUGCCAACAAUAUACAUUUUCUUUUAAGGACUGUAUGUAUGUACUGUAUGUAUUCAGAAAAUGUGAAUUAUAACGAUACUGUGCAAAGGUGUUGUUCACUACAGAGUUUCAGUGAGUACUUUUACCUGAAAUGGUUAGAAAUACAAGAAAAUCAAGUAAUUGGAAAAAGCGUGUAAAUAUAUGCAAUAGAAAUGUUUAUUUUCCUACAUGUUUGUCAUGUGCCUUAUUCUGAUAAUUUAUAUGGCUGCUGCUGUCUCAGAGUGACUAACGAAUAAAUUAAAUCUGGUCAAAAGGA